CCGCUCCCAGAAGGACGGCCGGGGACUGCUCUCGGCCAGCGAGCUCGAAGGCAUCCGCACGGAGGGCGCAUGAGUCCGGAACGGUUCUUUGGGUCGGUAGCUGCUGUGUCCCCUGAGGUGGCCUCGCUCCGACGGGUGCCGCGAGCGUGAGAAAUUCCUCAGCUGCUGCUGAGACGAGGACGAGGACGACGACGAUCCGCCGCCGCCCCCGCCCGAUCCGCCGCCCCGGGCCGGGUGAGGAGGCCUCCGCCGCGGAUACGGUAACAGCCCGCCGCCGCCGCCGCCGCCGCUGCUGCAGCUGCUGCUACGGCUCCGGGUCUGACUGUUAUUGUCGUCGUCGCUGAUCUCCCCAUCUUCCAGCUCCCCCUCUUCCUUCGGCGACAGGCCACUGGAGGCCGGGAUCGAAGUAUCUGCGCUCGCCAUCCGGGGAGCGGCGCCUUCCACACCGCCCUAAGCCCUCCGUCCGGGGACCCGCCCGACAACUGCCUUCCUCCUCGGCUUCCUUCCUAACGGAGCCGGUCGGUGCGGCCUUACCGUGCUCGGACACCGAGAGGGCUCUGCUCCCCAACUUCCCCGCACCCCAGUUCUUUCUCGCCGGACCGUCGCACGCCAAUUCCCUUCUCCUAGCGCCCCCUUGCUCCUCAGGCGAGCCGAGCUCUUCCGCCUCGCGCAAGAGGGGGACUCUUGGAAGAGGCCCUGUCGCAAGCGUCACUUCCGCCGGCACUCCGGAAGUGAGCGCUUGGUCACGCGAUAGCCGCGAGGCGCCGCGCCAUGUUCGCUCGCGCUUGUCGUCUCGGUGGCUGGUCUUAGCGUUCCGUGGUUAGCACACACACAUACACACACACACACACACAUACACAUACACACACCCUCACACCCCCGGGGGUGCUCGGGCCUGACACCACUGGGUGCCAUGUCCGCGUGGGCUGGCCUACUUUGAGUUGGCAGAGUUUCAGAGCCAUCAUUAGUCGGGGCUUAAAAACACCCCUGGACUGUGGGCCGCUCGUGGACCGCUUGCCCCGAGCGGCCGCGGCAGAGCUGCUCCCCGCGGGGGAGGCGGCGGGGGGUAGACAGCGCCGAGGGUCCGCCAUGUUGGUGCGGACGAACAGAGGCGCCCGCAGCUCCGGGGCCGUGGGCUCCGCUGGCCGCGGCCCGCCGUACUAAUAAAGAGAAAGGGAAGGUGGAGCCCGCCUCACGCCGUCCCGCGUCCCGCGUCCCCCGUCCGCGUACACGCCCCGGGCGACGGUGUGUGCAGCCCGUGACCGCAGAGCGCCGAAUGAGGGGCCCGGGGCGAUGCCGACCAACUGCGCGGCGGCGGGCUGCGCGAACACCUACAACAAGCACAUCAACAUCAGCUUCCACAGGUUUCCUUUGGAUCCUAAAAGAAGAAAAGAAUGGGUUCGCCUGGUCAGGCGUAAAAAUUUUGUGCCCGGAAAACACACUUUUCUGUGUUCAAAACACUUUGAAGCCUCCUGCUUUGACCUGACAGGACAAACCCGGCGACUUAAAAUGGAUGCUGUUCCAACCAUAUUUGAUUUUUGUACCCAUAUAAAGUCUAUGAAACUCAAGUCAAGAAAUCUUUUGAAGAAAAACGACAGUUUUACUCCAACCGGACCAUCUAACUUAAAGUCAAAUGAUAGUCAGCAAGUACUACUUGAACACAGUUAUGCCUUUAGGAAUCCUAUGGAGGCAAAAAAGAGAAUAAUUAAACUGGAAGAAGAAAUAGCAAGUUUGAGAAGAAAAAUGAAAACUUGCCUACAAAAAGAACGCAGAGCAACUAGAAGAUGGAUCAAAGCCACGUGCUUUGUGAAGAACUUGGAAGCAAAUAACAUGGUACCUAAGGGCACAUCAGAACACAUUUUACCAACCGCCUUAAGCAGUCUUCAUUUGGGAGAUUUCAAAAUUCUUGAACAAGAUCAAGAAGAUAAAAUGUUACCAAUUCUCUAAAUCUAAAAUAGCCCAAGAGUCUCCACAGUUUUCUUUCACAAACUAGAUGCCCAUCCUCCAAUUCUUUUCAGAGAUAAAGAUAGUUGGCAGUUAUGCCAAAAUUGGGUACUUAAUAAAGUUUUACUUGAAAUAACUACCACUGUAUAACUUAUGAAGACUUGAUUAUAAGAAAAACAGAAAAUUUUUAAUUUGAGAAUAAAUAGAAGUGCCUUACACAAGAAUUACGGUCUUAGAAAUUUUCUUAGGAAAUUGUAUGUUUGCAAGGUGUUUCUGGUUUUGUCUUUUAAAGCUACUAUUAAAGAAUAGCUUAUGACAAGUAAUAUGCUUAGUUUAUAUGACAGUGAAAAUUUUUCUUGUACCAAAGCUGGGGUAUUACAUUCUAAAGAACAUGCUGAAUAGAAACUACUCAUAUUAAAUGUAACCUUAAAACUGUUUGAAUCUUUAUUAAUUAUUAUUGGCACUGGUUGAAAAAGUAUAAAAUAAGUUAGACGUGGUAUUACAAGCCUUUACUCCUAGCACUCAGGAGGCAGAAAUAGGAGGAUUGCUACAAGUUUGAGAUCCGUCUGAGACUGAGAGUAUAAAGUGUGUUCCAGGUCAGCCUAGGCUAGAGUGAGAACCUACCUUGGAAAAAGAAAAAAAAAAAGAAAGAAAGAAAAUUUAUAGAAUAAAACCUCUGGGGUACAGGGCAAGUCCUUUUAUUUAAACUUUUUGUGCUUUUUUUCAACCAGUUAAAGUAAGCUUUGCAUGACUGCCUUUAUAAAAACAUUGGAUAAAGUAGGUUUAAAAUAUUUUUUAAACAAUUAUUUUGAAUGUGAAAUACCUUUGAGAAUCCAAACUAGGUAAGGCCUGAAGUACCUCAGACUAGUAGAAACUGGUAGAUGAUUAUACUUACCCUCCAAGGAAAACAUGUAAAAAUAAUGCAGAAUUCAAGAUCCAGCUCUCCCCUUAGUAAAACAGACAAGUGUAUACUACUAUUUUGUUGCAGUAAAAACUCUGAAUUUCUAUCUUCAAAGCUCGUACGUGAAUAAACAUAUUAGACAUACUUAAUUGAUCCAUGUGUGGUGAUGGCAAAACUCUUAAGCUGUUUAUUCAUGUUAACUAUUUUCUAAAUUCUUUUCAUAUAUUAGAAAUAGCCUUUGUCCUCUCCAUAAACUCACAAUAUAAUUUAAUCACAGAAAAGUAUUUAGCUACAGUGUAUUUUCACAACUUACAAUGGAAUCGAUUUACAAUCAGCUUUUUGAAAAAUAUUUUAAAGAGUUUAAUAUAGCAACUAUAGUGCAUAAUGGAUAUACAUGUAUGCCUGUGAUGAAGCUAUGCAAAUGCAAAGCAUUUAUAAACUAGAAGUAUCAAAACGUCCUGUGGUUGCCACUUGAACCAGGAAGGGGUCUGCCUGAUUUCACCAAAUGUUGAAUAAGAACCCUUCAAAAAGCUUUGGUUAAUUACUGUAAAAAUGUAUUGAUACAUAAGUAAAUUUGUUAAAUUCUGCUUCAA